AUGAGCAACCAGGUCGAGGUGGCGGACGCAGUGGGCUUGAUGCCUGCGGGCGGGGACAUGGAGGGCGGCUCCCCGACGAUGGGGUCGCUCGCGCCGGACGUCGGCCAGCACCAGGCGAGCGUCAGCACGCUGCUGUCCUCCUUGCUGGGGGCGGGGGGGCCCGUGGGGGCGCUGGACCAGCCGGGGGGCCCAAAGGUCCUGGGGCUGCCGGCAUUCCAGAUAGAGAACGGCCCGGCCGACCACAGCGGUGUGCCCCAGCUGUACCUGGAGUCCGCCAGCGGCGGCCCCGUGGAGGUGCGCGGCCCGGCGCCGUUGGCGGACGGCCGGCAGCAGAUGGCCCACUCCUGCGACCUGGCCGCCCAGGAGGGCGGUCUGGACUUCGCGCCCGUCCAGACCGCCAUGGGGGCCGGCCCGCGCGCCUCCUGCGGCCUGGGUCCCGUCGUACAGGACCUGGCCCUGGCGCGGAGCACGUCCGCGGACGCGGGCGUGCUUGCGGCCGCGGCCCUGCAGUCGCUGCCCGACUCCUCUGUCCUGUUCGCCGGCGUGGACCGCCAGCUGCCGGAGUCCGUGGUGACCGCUCCGGGCGCGAGGCUGGACGGCGACGGCGGACGCGCGCUGGCGGUGGACCCCCGCACGGGGCACGUGCACCUGGUGGUGCAGGACCUGCAGGCGCUGCCCAACAAGGGCUUCGCGUUGCCCGUCAAGGUGGAGAAUAGGAUAGGGUCGCCGCCCGCGAGGGGCGUGGCGGUGCCCGACCUGCGCCACCUGAGCAACCUGGUGUCGGGCGUGGCGGGCCAGGAGGCGUCGGGCGGCGUGGGCGCGGGUCACCUGCUGCACCACCACGCGGUGCACCAGCCGCAGAUGCAGCGGCCGCACAAGCCCACGCGAUGGAAGCCUAACUCCGCGCAGCUGUGCCUGCUGGAGAGACACUUCAACUCAGGUUACAAGAGGCCGACGCCCGAGCUGUACGCCGCGGUGAAGGGGGCCGGGGAAGCCAAAGAAGCGCAGGUCUCCGUGUGGCUGAAGAACCGUCUGGCGCGCUCGAAGGACCGAUCGCACCAGGGGACCAAGCCGUCCAAGCCACCGGAGUCGGGUCCUGCCAGGGGUCCCCCUUGUUGCGCUGGCCCUGAUCGUCAAUCGGAGAAUCUGUUGCCGAUGCUGGGACAGAAGAGGGCAAGGGAGGAAGACGAAGAAGAGUCAUGGGACGACUACCAGAAGAUGUCGCAGGCUGCUCUCAGGGAGGUGGCGUCGGCAAUGGCGGCGGUCGAUGGCGACGAGGUGUCGCAGCUGGUGAAGGACGUUUGCAGCGCAAGGAAAGUGUGCUGCUAUGGUGUGGGCCGCGAACGCUUGGUCAUGAAGGCGCUGGCGCUGAGGUUGUGCCACAUGGGGCUUGAUGCCUGCGUGGUUGGUGAAGCCAACACUCCGGUCGUGGGCAAGGGAGACCUCCUGAUGGCCAGCGCCGGCCCCAGCUACUACAACACUGUCAAUGCUAUUUGUCUUGCUGCGAUUCGUGCCAACACCAGAGUAGUAGCAUUCACAGCUCACCAAACGGCACCGCUCCCAUUUGCCGACAAAGCUGUCCGCAUUCCCAUUCCAUUUGCCCACCCCAUUCCUUCCUGUGGACACAAGGGCCCCAAAUCCGAAGUUCCCAAUGGCGAAGCUCACAAGAUCAUGCAGCUGGGGUCUGCAUUUGAGGUCGCGCUGUGGAUGAUGUUUGAGUGCAUGUGCGUCAUGAUACAAAGGAAGUUGGGAGUGCAGGAGGCGGAUAUGGUCGCUAGACAGACAAACCUUGAGGCACAGCUGAUGCAUUUUCAUACUGAAUGA